AUGAAGGCUUGUUAAUGUAUUACUAGUUUUAUAGUCUUCCUUGCUGUAGCUAGUGUAAUAGCUCUUAUUACAAUUGUGGUUAUUACAAGCAAACUGGGAUGGAAAAUCAUUUAUGAGGGUAAGCAGGGGCUUUGGUCAUACGAGUACGACUUUCAGAGAUACCAGAAUUAUUUCUUUAUGACUGGUCUCUCUUACUCAGAAAAAGUAGAAGCUGCUGGUUAUUCAACUCUUGUUCCCUUUGGAGUUAGCGUUAGUCAUUUCUAGUUACCCACGACUACCUAUGGCUAAGUGCAGAAAGACCCAAAGUUGUCCAAAGCUAGGGGAAGUCAUAAGAUAUAUGAUAUAUAUCCUGAUGAUGAAAAUAAAAUCAGGCUUUGGGAAACCAAAGAUUUGAAAUUGACGACACCUGCCAAGGAAAUUAAAUGCCCUCCAGGACAUUAUAUCCAAGAUAUCAGUGUUAGAUGGAAUUCUGACUCAUCAAUUUAAGGCCUCCAAUUGACAUGCCAGGACCCAGUGCAUAGAUAAAUUGUAUUAUUGUCAACCAAUAAUGAUUAAAAUUACAAGAGCGGAAAAAUGCUUCACAAUGAAGAUCCAUAUUACCUGUGUGGCAUAUAAUUCAAGUUUAACUCAUCAGAUUUUGCUAAUUAUGGAUUAAGAACCAGAGUCUGUUUACUUGAGGUAAUUAGAACUAUCAAUGUAACAUAUGAAUUGGAGGAAAUUUCACUAAGAGACAACUUUAAAGACCCUUUCACCUCUGGGAUCAGCAAAUCUUCAAGAGCUAAUGAUGAAUUUAUCCUAAACAGAAAAUUCCCUCUUGAUGUUGGGUACUGGAAACUACUGAAUGAAGAUGAGCAUAUCAACCACACUGGUCCUCUUUAUACUGGCCCAGUAUUAACCCUUCAAUAUAACUAUGAUACUCACUAAUUCGAUUAGGUUAUGAAAACUUUUCAUUCGUGGGGAAUUAAUUUCCAAGAUUUCAAAAAUGUCGAUAAAUAAGAUUAAUAGCUUUUAAUAAAAAACGAUCUACUUGAAGGCUGUCCAAGGGAAUCAUUCAAUUUCAAUGUAACAAAGACUAGACUAAAGACGCCAUAUUCUGCCUAAGCUGAAUUUUCAGAUGCAACUGUAGACACAAUAUAUGGAUAGUACUACUUCAGCUACUACUCCAGUGUAGAACUAAGUCAUGAAGAUUCCGAGUUUUGUGCUAAAAACAGAGUUGGCCCUAAAAAAUAGGAUUAACCAGCAGUUUAAUCUCUGGUGAACUUGUUAGAUGAAUCUGACAAUGAUGAAAUUAUCUAACAGUCAAUAGAAUUAAAGUAUGAAAAUGGUGUCCUCAUUGAAAACUUAUCAUUAUUGCUUCUAGCAUUAAUCAUUGUAAUAGGGACUUCGUUAAUAGGAUAAUUCUAAACUACUCAAAAGAAAUAGGAGCAAAAAGUAGAAGAUUCUCAAGAAUUUGAAGUCAAUAAAUUGAAGAAAGAUCAAAUGAACUCUCACUUGCUAGCUUGA